AUGCUGGUCUCUCUCACAGUCGGAAAGGUCGAUGCCGGUGUAGCCGUGCUGCUCACCGAAGACAAGCGCCUCAUUGAAUUCCCCUCGAUAUUGCUCCCGCCAGAUAUCUCUUCUGGGUCCAUGGUGGAUAUUGACGUCGGACGCAACUACAAGGCCGAAGCCGACGCACAGAAAGCCUUCCAUGAGCUCCAGUCUGAGAUCUUCCGUACCUUCGGUCAGCGCACGCCCUCGGCGCCUGUUCUCAAGUGUCGCAAUGCUACGCAAACCUCCGUAGUUCUCGAAUGGGACCCCAUCGAUAUCGCGACCGCCGAGCUACGCAGCCUUACGCUCUACCGCAAUGGUAACAAGGCUGGCACAAUACCCAAGCCCACCGAUCAGCACAGCACCAAGUUGAGUGGCCUGGCAGUCGACACAGAAUACCAGUUUCACCUCGUCCUGAAAACUAGUGCUGGCACGUUCAGCAGUGAAAAGCUGAAGGUACAAACACACAAGAUGACAGACCUGUCGGGUAUUACCAUUACCCCUGGUCACAUGCCUGCAGCUCUUCGCGAGUCUCUACAACGAUCUGUGGAGCGAAUCGGCGCUAAAAUUGCGGACACUGUUCGUAUUGACACAACGCAUUUCAUCUGUACCGAGGGACGAGGCCCAGCAUGGGAGAAGGCAGUCGAGAACAACAUUCCUGUUGUAGUGCCAGAUUGGGUUAUAGGAUGUGAGAGGGAAGGAAGGAUAGUUGGCGUUAGAGGCUACUACCUAAAUGCAGAUCCACGGCUACGGAGCGUCGGUGCCGGGUCUUCACAGCAGCAGUCUCAGCAAUCAUCACAACAACAGCAACAACAACCGCAACAGCCGCAGCAACAGCAGCAACAACAACAACAACAACCAAGGAGUCCUAUAAUAAGCCCAAGGACUGAAAUCACGCCACCCACUCCUGAGCAAUCCAGGCAAGGCCGGGACGCAGAAGGUGCCGCACCACCCCCACCACCCAAAGAUGAUGUGAGCGAGAGAAGUGAGCGAAGCUCAUUAGAGUCCAAGUCGCAAACAGAAGAGCACAGGAACAGAACAGAUGAUCUGAAACCUCAGUCUGGAAAGGAAAAGCAGCAAAGCGGAAGCGAAGGAGACGAUUCAGAGCCAGAACCAAGUGACGAAAAAUCGAUAGAGGCGAGUCUACCCCAGAGAGCAAAACCAGGGCAGGCGUCUGUCGAAGAAGACGAUAAUGGAGAAAACUUUCAAGAUGUACAGCUUUAG